AUACAAGAGCCCGCCGCCAUGGCCGCCUACAAACUGGUGCUGAUCCGGCACGGCGAGAGCGCAUGGAACCUGGAGAAGCGCUUCAGCGGCUGGUACGACGCCGACCUGAGCCCGGCUGGCCACGAGGAGGCGAAGCGCGGCGGGCAGGCGCUACGAGAUGCUGGCUAUGAGUCUGACAUCUGCUUCACCUCAGUGCAGAAGAGAGCGAUCCGGACCCUCUGGACAGUGCUAGAUGCCAUUGCUCAGAUGUGGCUGCCAGUGGUGAGGACCUGGCGCCUCAGUGAGCGGCACUGUGGGGGUCUAACCGGUCUCAAUAAAGCAGAAACUGCUGCAAAGCGUGGUGAGGUGGUGAAGAUCGGGAGGCGCUCCUAUGAUGUCCCCCCACCUCCGAUGGAGCCCGACCAUCCUUUCUACAGCAACAUCAGUAAGGAUCGCAGGUAUGCAGACCUCACAGAAGAUCAGCUACCCUCCUGUGAGAGUCUGAAGGAUACUAUCGCCAGAGCUCUGCCCUUCUGGAAUGAAGAAAUAGUUCCCCAGAUCAAGGAGGGGAAACGUGUACUGAUUGCAGCCCAUGGCAACAGCCUCCGGGGCAUUGUCAAGCAUCUGGAGGGUCUCUCUGAAGAGGCUAUCAUGGAGCUGAACCUGCCGACUGGCAUUCCCAUUGUCUAUGAAUUGGACAAGAACUUGAAGCCUAUCAAGCCCAUGCAGUUUCUGGGGGAUGAAGAGACGGUGCGCAAAGCCAUGGAAGCUGUGGCUGCCCAGGGCAAGGCCAAGAAGUGAAGGCCGGCGGGGAGGAUACUGUCCCCAGGAGCACCCUCCCUGCCCGUCUUGUCCCUCUGCCCCUCCCACCUGCACAUGUCACACUGACCACAUCUGUAGACAUCUUGAGUUGUAGCUGCAGAUGGGGACCAGUGGCUCCCAUUUUCAUUUUAGCCAUUUUGUUGCCUGCACCCACUCCCUUCAUACAAUCUAGUCAGAAUAGCAGUUCUAGAGCACAGGUUCUCAGUCUAAGCUAUGGAAAAGCUCCCCUUAUCCAACAGAGUUUAAAAGUAGUGACUUGGGUUUUUGCGAGUGCUUUGUUUACUAAGGACUUUGGGGAGGAACCAUGCUAAGCCAUGACCAAGAAGAGAAGCAACAGAGC